GCCAUCCAUGGAUGUGCAAAGAGAGCUGAGAGUUUUGGCAAACAGGACUGCAGAACCCAGAGCUUGGCAUGAGGGAUCUCCAGCUUUGGCUGCUUCGGGUCUGCAUUUCUAACUUUACAGGCUCUGUGUGAACUGUGCUGGAGAGGUCUGGAGUGGUCUGGACAGGUCUGCAUCUAUCUUUUAUUGGUUUUACCAUCAUUGGUUUUGGAGAUUGCUUGAGGAUGGAGAAGAUUGGGUUCAGACUGGUUUACUUAGCAAUGCUGGUGGUUGUGGUCCUGGGGGUCUUUGCUUCAGGAGCGAAAAGCAGCAGGAAGAGUGGGAAAUCUCAGUGGACUGAACAAGAAGAUCAAGCACUUCUUCAUUCUCAGAAAAAGACCACCCAUGGCCACGCUGGAGAUGGCAGCGCAAGCAGUCAAGAUGAUUCUCAUGCAGACAUGCAGCAGCAGAAACUACCAGUAGAUCAAAUGGAGGAUCAAGAUGGAGACUCCGUCUACACACCCUCUGAGAAACAUGAAGGAACCGUCCCAACUCCAGCAGCUUCCACAGACCAGUCCAACUCAUCCAGUACCAGUAACAGAGACACUGUCACUAGCACUGAUCACACGCAUACUAAAGACACUAACGUCACUGAACGGGGAAUCACAAGGAUCCACAACCCCCUGUUCCCAGUGACGGACAGCUCCUACAGCGCCUACGGCAUCCUCUUUCUGGCCCUGGUGGUUUUCGCAGUAGGCAUUGUGGGUAAUCUGGCAGUGAUGUGCAUCGUGUGGAAUAACUACUUCAUGAGGAGCGCCUGGAACUACAUCCUGGCCAGCCUGGCCUUCUGGGACUUCCUGGUGCUCUGCUUCUGCCUGCCUGUGGUGGUCUUUAAUGAACUGACCAACAAACGGCUGCUGGGUGAUUUCUCCUGCAGGGUCGUGCCUUACUUAGAGGUGACGUCACUGGGCGUGACCUCCUUCAGCCUGUGCGCUCUGGGCAUUGACCGAUUCCAUGCUGCCACCAGCUCCCUCCCGAAGGCCCGGCGUGUGGAGCGCUGCCAGUCCGUCCUGGCCAAGCUGGCCGUGGUGUGGAUCGGCUCCAUGGUGCUAGCAUCGCCGGAGCUGCUCCUGUGGCAGUUAGACCAGACCACGUCCCCGUCUCUGGGCGUGCAGGUGGACACCUGCACCAUGAGCCCGUACCCCAACCUCCCAGAGUCCAUCUACUCCCUAGUCAUCAACUACCACGACGCUCGUAUGUGGUGGUACUUUGGCUGUUACUUCUGCCUGCCUGUGGUCUUCACCUUGCUGUGCCAGAUGGCCACCUGCCACGUCUCCGGCGGCAGCGGGAGUUCCACCAAGCGCCCUGAGGAACGUUCUCCAUCCAAGAAGCAGAAGCUCCAGCACGCCCAACAGGUGGAGAGGCAGCUUAACUGCACUGUAAUGGCACUGGCUGUGGUGUACGGCGUGUGCGCCCUGCCUGAGAACGUAUGCAAUCUAACUCUGACCUACGCUCCGAUACAGGUGUCUGAGAACAUGAUGUCUCUCCUGGCCCUCAUAAAUCAGUUUUUCCUGUUCUUUAAGUCCUCGGUGACGCCGGUGCUGCUGCUGUGCCUGUGUAAAACUCUCGGCCAAGCGUUUAUGGACUGCUGCUGCUGCUGCUGUGAAGAAUGCCAGCCCAGCAACGCCUCAUCCACCCAAAACGUGGCCGAAGGCAAGCACAAGGGCACCAAUGAGGCGUCCUCCUCCAUUUUCUUCGACAAAGCCAAGGACAGCACCACCAUCUUGUCGAUUGGCAGCUGAGUCAGCUGAGCCUGCUGCCAGUCCUGAGCAAUGAGGUCAUGAGAUGACCCAGAAAGAAUCAUUCCUCACGUCCGCUUGCAUCACACCUGCCAACACACCUGCCAACACACCUGCCUACACACCUGCUUUGUAGCAGCCAUCUUGUUUCUCAGACUCUCUAAAAAUUAUGGAAAUGCACUGAGCUCUUUAGGCCUCAGUAUAGUUCUUGCAGAUACUACAUUUGCUUUGCUUCGGCGAACAAUGUGAACUGCAGAGAAAACGAACAACCACAGAUGUUGCACAGGGCUUCACUCACCAUGUCACCCACAUGGAAGCUGGAUGAACUCUGCGGGAGGAAGGACUGUGUGAUUAAAUCUGUGAUCGAUUGGGAGCGAAGCCGACAGGCAAAUAAAACAGCAGAAAAUAUCAUCUCCUAAGGUUUGCAAAGGUGUGUUCGGCUUAAGGCCGAUUUAUACUUUUGCUUCGAACCUAUGCCGUAGCCUAUGCAACGCCACGUACCCAACACCGUAGCCUAUGCCUAUGCCGUAGCUUGACACACACCUCUGUGAUUGGUCCGCUGGGCCUCGAGUCCCCGCCCACACAUUCCAGCCUUUGAUGUUUAAACUACAGAGUGACGUAGAGCUGCUGAUAUGCGCACGCAGAAGUAUAAACAUUCCCACUCUCGCUGGAUACGUGUAGACUACGUCGUAGGUUCGACGCAGAAGUAUAAAUUGGGCUUUAGUGCUCGCAAAUUUCGUUUCGCAGGAAGUAUCCAGAGGCCUUUAGUUGGUUCUAGAAGUAUCCAUUUCACUGCAUUGGUCUUUCUUAUUGUAGCUUGUAAGUUGCCUGGUGGAUUUCUUUUAAAUUGAAAACAGUGGUUUCCUGAUUUCGGUGGGCAAAAUAUUGUGAUUAAUGUUAUCAGUGUCCUGCACUGCCAUCCCUGAACGUCUAAUACAUUCAUUGCAACUGCUCUCCACAUUUUGACAAUAUGAACAAAAUGAACAAAACAAUAUUUAAAGAACAUUUAUUUUACAGAUUAAUUUGUUUAUAUUAACCUGCAUUAUGAAAACUCUUAUGCAUAAAUUUACAACAAAUAUAUUUUAUCCUAUUGUGAGGGAACCUAUAGUUCACUCUUUAAGGCACUAUCUAGUUGGAUUGCUUUAAAGGCACAGCAUCUGUUUCUAUUGGAAGAGCACGAGUUCACCAGUAUAUAAGCAUUUAUUAAGACACAUUAUUACAUGAUCAUGUUCUUGCUCUAGAGGGUAAAUCUUCAUAAUUCAAAAAAAUGGCACAGCCAAUAGGGUAUUUAGUUUCUUUUUUUGCCGUAAGGUAAAUAUGGGGGCGAUUUCCCCCCUGCCCCACCCCUGAGUCCACCAGUCAUACAGUUCAUUUGUAAAAUGCAUGCUCCCCUAUCAUGCCAUACUGUUACAAAUACCAUAAUGCCGUCUCAUCCUCAGGAGGAUGGUUUUACGUAAUGUUUUAUCAUUAACAUCUUUAUCAUCAGGGUAUCAGGUCAGGCCUGUAUAGACUUUAGCUGUGAUUCAUUCGAUUCAUUCACUGUUGGUCACUUUUCCCUGAUACACUUGUACAAAAAAUGUGAAUUUUUGCUUGUAGUUGAGAGGGUACUGCUGUAUAUUUAGUGAAAAUUUGAAUAGAAUAAAUUAAAAAAAUAAAAUCCAGAUAAUAAGCCAUUUCUUCGGAUAGUAAUAUCUCUUGAAGUCACUUGGGAUUUUUGUGCAAAACUAGUGCUUGUAGAUAAUUGUAACAAAUGCCAGUUUUGUUUGAACAUAACCACUUUGCUCUGAUUUGCUCUUUAUUGUUUUAUCGAAUACUGUAAAUGCACUGAACUGUUUUAAUAGAAUGUAAAUAAAACUGAGGAUUUGGAAGCAAAA